AUGAAUGUCCAUAGCUCUACUCAUCACCGCCCCAUGGCCCCUCUUAGCCCCGUUGCUCGCCCGGGCGCCCCUCGUCUCGCCUCCUACUCCCACCAGUCCAACGAUAGCGACGACAAGGACUCCCUGGGCGUCCCGAAGCGAGCCCAGACCUUUCAGAAUGACUCCCCGGCCAACGCUCAGCAGAACGAGAACCCUGUCCUUUCUGCCUUUGAGGUCGAGGAAGAGAGUGACCCCGAAGAUGCUGUAGAGGCGACGCGUGCCUCAAUUGAACUUGAUGUUCUACCCAUAGAGCUUAUCUCUCUGACAGACAGCUUUAUCGACUCCCUGAGUGCCAAGGUUCAUCGUACGCCCCCUAGCAUCGACAGGCUAUCACAGCUCUUCCAAGACUUCUACGCCCAGGCAUCCGGCAAUAUAGAUACCCACAUCCAGUUGCUCGCAACAAGACGCGGUCGUGACGGCUCCCCGGCUGCCUCCUCCUCUUCGAUAUCCUCAGCCGCCAGCCGCCUACGGAACAAGGCCUCCUCCCUCAGCAUAGCCAAAGACAAGCCAAAGACCGAGACGGAGCAGCAGAUGAUUACCGCAGAGGAGCUGGCCGGUCGGAAGCAGAUGCGCAAGGCCCUCGAGGUGAAGCGCCGCAUGCUAGAGGAAGCUGUGGAGCGGAGGCUUUGCGAGGGCAUCUACGAUCGCAUAUACCGGCACACGAGCACACAGGACGAGGCUCUCGACGACAAGCUUCGUUCAAAGACCGCUGCUCUGGCCCUGGUUGGAAUUGGGCCUGCCGACCUCGGCGUCGACCUUGGCGACCUACCCGACAAGACUCCCGAGGCCACCGCCAAGAAAACGGAGGAUAUCCGCAAGAGCUUGGCAAAGGCCAGGGCAGAUCUGGCGCGGAUGCACCAGUCAAGAUACCCCCUCGGCAAGAUCAACCAUCUGAAAGCGGCCCAUAGGAGUAUCGUCGACACAAUUGCCUCUUUUCACCCCUCGGCCUCGGCCGAUGAAAUUAUGCCCAUGCUUAUCUUCACGCUCAUAACACUGCCGCCUGAAGAUCUCCACGUUAUCAGCGACAUCAGAUUCAUCCAGUCUUUCCGCUGGGAGCCCAAGCUAACGGGUGAAGCUGCAUACUGCAUCACAAACCUGGAGGCCACUAUCAGCUUCCUCCAGACCGUUGAUCUGGCCACGCUCCGCUCGGAUGAGCAGCCAGAAGGCCCUCCAAAGGCCCCAUCUCAGACCGGGACACCAAGGGCUGAGACGUUCCCGCCGGCGUACUCUCAGGGAGACACUGCAGCUGCGUCCGCCGAGACUACCAAGGACAGUCUGGCCCCGACCAAGACAAACACGGAACGCAAGUACUCGAAUCCCCUCAGAAAUCGCCGCCUCAGCGACCUCGUAAACACUCCUGCCCAGGCAUUUGGCGCUGCUAGCGACGCAGUCUUUGCCACCGCAGACCAGGGUCUUAAGACUGUGUCGACCAGUCUGGGCGAAAGCUACAAGUUCCUGCUCGGCAAGCUACGCGAGAACCAAGACAAUACACCGGAGUCUAUUACGGUGCCCCGCACGCUCGCCGACGCCCGCAAGCUCGUUAGCACACCAUCAACAGAGGAGGAGAAAGAGCUCGACGUUCCUGUAGUAGCCGAGGAGACCAAGGGGUCAGCUGCCCGUGAGGACCGCGUACUGAAUCUGAUUGGGGGGCGGCGUGAUCGUAGUGCCGAUAGCACUGCCGGUGGUCGCAGUGCCAGCUCUUCCCGACCCGGCCUGACGCCUCAGCAGCAACCCGCCGCACGGGGGACGCCUUCGCCUCAGCCUUCAGGCAGCGGGCAAAACACAGCAAUGCUCGAUCAGAUGCGCAAUCACCUGAGCACGUCGUUUAACCCGGUAGCCCGUCUAUCCAACCAAUUUGGCAUGAUGCGUUCUUUUGGCCGUAACGCAUCACAAUCUCAGACACCAGCAGCGACGGCAACGUCAACGGCAGCGGCAUCUAACGAUACUAACAUUGACAAGGCGGCUGACGGCGGUGAUCUAGCGACUGCAUUCCCCGACAUUGCUGCCGCCCUGCCGCCCAAGACGACACCGACACCAAAGAUUGCCCCUCCCAACAAGCGCUUCAUGGAGAUGCAGAACCCCAGUGACCUCAAGAUAGGAGAGGUGCUGGAGCUCCUGAGGGAUUACCGCCGGUUGGCUGGGGCGUUGAACAAGAUGGAUGCGUUUAGCAAGUAA